AUGGAGACCGUCUUAGUCGUCGGAGCAACUGGCAAUAUCGGCAUCGCUGCCAUCCUCGGAGCCCUGCGAGCCAAACGCAACGUGCUUGCAAUUGUACGGAAUCAGGCCUCCGCUGCCAAGUUGUUCCAGAAUGUCCCGUCGAAAGACGGCAUCACGAUCGUUGAGGCUGAUAUCGUAUCCGAGGAAGGAGUUAAGGGCGUUGUUAAUCAGGUCAGGGCUGGGAAGCUGCCUGCCUUCCAACACGUUUACGCUGCUGCUGGUGGCGCAUAUGGCGCGACUCCAUUACUGGAUCUCAGUACCAGUGAAUUGCGCAGAUUCCUAACUCUCAACUUCGAAACGAACUUUAUCGCCUACCGUGAAACCAUCCCAUAUCUGCUAGAGCAGAAGGGCUCAACCUCCUUCACCCUCUGUACCGGAUCACAGGGCGACAUCGGUGCUCGCGCAGCGCCAGCAAUCUCCCAGGGUCCUCUGUUCUCACUAUCGAAUGUAGCUUGUCGUGACAACGAGAAAACCAGCGUCCGAUUCAAUGAGGUGUACCUUGGGGCCCGCGUGGAGAUUGAUUCAGUGGCUGAGGGAACAGGGGCAAUAAAGUCAUCGGAAUUCGCGGAUGUGUAUACUGAGCUCCUUUCCCGGCCGGAAAUAAAGAGCUCUCGUAUAAGUGUAGCCACAAAGGAUGAUCUAAAGGAUUUGAAGCACAACAAGAAGAUCGUAUAUUAA